CAUUUCAUUCUUCUUAUUGUGAACUUCAAAUUCUUGGUUUUCACUGUUGAAUUUUAUUACUUUUCAGGUAGCCAUGAAUGCUCUUGCAGCAACCAACCGCAACUUUCAGCAUGCAGCAAGGAUACUUGGGUUGGACUCUAAGCUUCAGAAAAGCCUCUUGAUACCCUUCAGAGAAAUCAAAGUUGAAUGCACAGUUCCAAAAGAUGAUGGUUCUUUUGUGUCUUAUAUUGGAUUUAGAAUUCAACAUGACAAUGCUCGUGGACCUAUGAAAGGCGGAAUCCGUUACCACCCUGAGGUUGAUCCGGAUGAGGUGAACGCACUGGCUCAGUUAAUGACUUGGAAGACGGCUGUAGCAGAUAUUCCCUAUGGUGGAGCAAAGGGUGGAAUUGGGUGUAAUCCUAGGGAGUUGAGUGCGAGCGAACUACAACGUGUUACUCGUGUUUUCACCCAGAAGAUUCAUGAUCUUAUCGGAACUCAUAGAGAUGUUCCUGCACCUGACAUGGGAACGAAUUCACAGACAAUGGCAUGGAUUCUUGAUGAAUACUCGAAAUUUCAUAGUUAUUCGCCCGCCGUUGUUACAGGAAAACCAGUCGAGCUUGGGGGUUCACUAGGUAGAGAAGCUGCAACUGGAAGGGGGGUUGUUUUCGCAACUGAGUUUCUUCUUGCCGAAUACGGAAUGUCGAUUCCGAAUAUGACGUUUUCUAUCCAGGGGUUUGGAAAUGUGGGAUCCUGGGCAGCAACAUUUAUUCAUCAGAAAGGUGGAAAGGUUGUUGCAGUUAGUGACAUUACUGGUGCAGUAAAAAACCAAAAUGGAAUUGAUAUCCCAGCUCUACUGAAACACAAAGAGAAAACUAGUAGUUUGAAAGAUUUCGGAGGCGGAGACAUCAUGGAUCCUAAUGACUUGCUUGUUCAUGAAUGUGAUGUUCUGAUCCCAUGUGCAUUAGGUGGAGUUCUGAACAAGGAGAAUGCUGCUGAUGUGAAGGCAAAGUUUAUUAUAGAAGCCGCAAAUCAUCCCACUGAUCCAGAAGCAGAUGAAAUUUUGUCCAGGAAAGGUGUGGUUAUACUCCCUGACAUAUAUGCAAAUUCUGGUGGCGUGACUGUAAGUUACUUCGAAUGGGUUCAGAACAUCCAAGGAUUCAUGUGGGAAGAAGAAAAGGUCAACUAUGAGCUUAAGAGGUACAUGAAGAGAGCUUUUGAUGACAUCAAAGCAAUGUGUCAUACUUAUAACUGCAACCUCAGAAUGGGAGCCUUCACCCUAGGAGUCAACAAGGUUGCUCGCGCUACGCUUUUGAGGGGUUGGGAAGCAUGAUGUUAGUCUUUUGUUUCUUCACCGUUUGCUCUGCAACUCUAUCUGCUGCAUUUUGUAAAAGUCUAUAGGCUUUAACUCAUAUUCCCUGUUUUCCUAUCAAUCCCUUUUCUUAAUCAUGGCUAAAGCUUUAGAUUCA